UCCCUUCAUACUAGUAAGACAGGGGAUUGAGUUUCUCCAUCGGGAGCUGCGUUAUUAAAGACCACUGGCAACUGGCUGGUCCAAACAUUGGAGUGCAUUGUCCGUCGCCUGCGGAUUGCCACAGCACCAUGCGAGCAGGAGAGACGCGCCCUGGGCCAUGCUGAACGACUCCCCGACUCUCCUGCUGGCUCUCACCGCAGUGGCCGGACUUCUCCAGCGAUGCCAGGGCUGGAGCGACGAAGACCUCCUCCUGCCGCCCACCAACUCCUCCAACAGGUUACUGGCCAACCUGGAGGUGGACGUGCGCUUCUCCAAGAGGUCCGUGGAGGAGAGCGACGCCUCGCCCGACGCCUCGCCCGACGCCUCCUCCCUGCAGCCGGUGUCCCAGUGCAACGUGAGCGUGCAGAGGCUGCUGCCCACCUCGCUGGUGGCCCGCUGGGACAGCAGCUUCGGCUUCCAGUGUGAUGUGCUCAUCUACACCAUCAACAACCACGGAAGGGCAUUUUUCUCCGCGGCGUUCAACAGGGCAAUCUCGCCCGUCGUCAUCGAGCAUCUCGGUGUCACCGGGGUUCAGCAGGAGCUGCGGCUGUGCGUGGGCUGCGGGAUGUCCCGGUACCGGAGGUUUGGCCAGGGCAGGUCGAGGGGCCAGCAGGCGGGGGAUCAGGUCACUUUCUGCUGCGUGGAUUUCAGCCUCGACGAACUGAAGGGGGACAAAAGUUGGAGGCUGAACAGAAAGCCCAUCGAGUCGACACUUGUGGCUUGUUUCAUGACUUUGGUCAUCAUUGUGUGGAGUGUUGCUGCUCUCAUAUGGCCAGUCCCCAUCAUUGCAGGGUUUCUGCCCAAUGGGAUGGAGCAGAGGAGACCGAGAUAAUUGAACAUAAUCUUUAUUAUAAUUAGCCUGUGCUGCCUAUUCUAUAACUGUAGCCAUUGAACUGUUCACCUGAAUGAAUGAUGGAGGCGCUACUGAGACAUUUUUGAUCAGAUGCUUUAGUUUUGGGGUGUUCUUUAACUAAUUUAGAGCUCCUCCACAUUACAAGGUAAAGUAUGAUGGAUUAUAGCCUACUAGCCAUUAGUGAUCUAUACUGGGACCAACACCAAUGUGUUUUGUAUACCCUUGUAGGCCUUCCUAUAUAUAAUGUCAGCGUAAACUGUGCAAACUUUUCUCUUUAAACAGUGUUUGUAUAGUUUUUAAUCUUUCUAGAACGUUUUUGCCUUAUCCCAUGUGUAGGACUUUUGCACUGAAACCUGAACUUUAAAGUGUGCCGUCACAUAUAUAACCCAUAGUCAUGUUCAAAGUUCAUGUAUUAGUUUUAAUUUUCCCAAAUAGAUGUUGUUUCUGGUUGAAAUAGAGAGGGUUUCAAUUAUAACAUUGGUUUAUAAUAUCAAUAUGUGUGUUUAUUUGUAUCCAUGUUCCGAUGGUUUCAAUUAAAAUAAAAUUGAUUAUAGGCUAUAUC